CUGAUCGCCUUUGCCAGUGUGUGCCUGGGGAUUUCCCUCUGUGGGCUGGCAGGGAAUGGGGUGGUUGUGUGGUUCCUGGGCUUCCACACGAAGCAGAGCCCUUUCACUCUCUACAUCCUAAACCUGGCUGUUGCCGACUUCUCCCUGCUCCUCCUGUUUCUCCUGCUUAUAUUGGCUUUUCUGACCUUAGCAGCAUUUUGCACUUCUUUGUUUCAUCUUGCUCCUCUCUACGUAGAUUUUGUGUUUGCAGUGGAACUCCUGUGCCACGUGCUGGACCUGAGCAGCUUGGGGCUGCUGGCAGCUCUCAGUGUGGAGCACUGCGUCUCCAUCCUCUGCCCCAUCUGGUACCGCUGCCACCGCCCCCGGCACCUCUCGGGCGUCGUCAGCGGGGCCCUCUGGGCUCUCGCCGGGGUGUUGGUGUCCUCCCUCUACCUCACUUUUGCUGAAGACUCUGAGACCAUCCUUGCAGGUGUAGUCCUUGUGAUUUCCCUGAUUUUGUCCUUCGUGAUGUUGGUUUCCAAUUUGUUCCUGUUUCACAAGCUGCGCUGCAGCUCCCGGAGGCGGAAGCCAGGGAAGCUCUUUGUUGCCAUCCUGCUCAACGUGCUGCUCUUCUUCACCUUCGGCAUCUCUUCCUGCAUGGAGGUUUUCCUCAACCUUCCCGAUUCCAGUGAGUUAUUCCCAGAAUACACCUCCUUGCUGCUGGCAUUGCUGAACUGCAGCCUCAACCCGGUGAUUUACGUGCUGGUGGGGAGCUGCUGGCGGCGCCGCUUCCAGCACUCGGUCAAAGUUGCUCUGCGGAGGGUGUUUGAGGAGAAAAUGGGGAGUGACAAGGGCAGCCACAGCCCUGGGGACACUGUGGAGGAGGUGACAGCUCUGUGA